AUGAGAAUGGAGUUUCCUGGCAGCUCCAAUCAGCAGUUAGGUAGAGAUAGGUUCAAUGGGGAAACCGGUUGUGGUAAUAACACGCGUGACGACAAUAUCUGCUCUCAGACAGGAGAGGAGUUUUCAAACGAGUUUUUGAGGGAUUUUGGUGCUCAACGAAGAGCACAGGUCGUUAACAGGAAUCUUGAGGCCAAUCAUAAUAACCGACAUCUUGUCUAUGAAGACUUCAACAGAAUCCUUGGUCUUCAAAGAGUUGAUUCCAACAUGUCAGAAGGUAUGAAUCCCUCCAACGGAUACUUAUCUGAAGCAAAUUCUGCCAACUCACCUCGGAUGACUGCAGCCUCAGAUGUUUAUCUGCCGGAAAUAUUGAAGCUUCUUUGUAGUUUCGGGGGAAGGAUCUUACAGCGACCUGGUGAUGGGAAGCUUAGGUACAUUGGAGGCGAGACUCGGAUCAUCUCAAUACGUAAACAUGUUGGAUUGAACGAACUGAUGCACAAGACCUACGCUUUGUGCAACCAUCCGCACACAAUCAAGUAUCAGUUACCAGGAGAAGAUCUCGACGCACUAAUAUCUGUUUGCUCAGAUGAGGAUCUUCUUCAUAUGAUCGAAGAGUAUCAAGAAGCUGAAACAAAGGCUGGAUCUCAGAGGAUAAGGGUCUUUCUUCUAUCUUCAACAGGAUCAUCAGAGAGUCCUAAAAUAUUCAAUGAAAGGAAUAUGAACAUAAACCGAAACGCACACCAGCAGACGGAUAUCGACCAUUACCAUUACGUUUCAGCUCUGAAUGGUGUUGUGGACGUGAGUCCUCAAAAGAGUUCCAGCGGGCAAAGCGGGACAAGUCAAACAACGCAGUUUGGGAAUGCUUCAGAGUUUAGCCCUACCUUUCAUCUUCGAGACUCGCCUACUUCUGUUCACACAUGGGAAAACAAAGACUGCAACAGUCCAACCUUCAUGAAUCCAUACGCGAACGCGAACGCUGUUCAUUUCAUGCCGAAAAUGCAGAUGCCGAGUAACUCAUUUGGCCCACAAUCUCCUCCGUCAUCUCCCUUUUCUGUUCACAAGAGAGCUAAUACCGACCUUCCUUACAUGGUCGAUCAAAAUGGUUUCUUGGACAACAGCAGUCGCCCUUACAUGGUUGCUCCAAACUUCCCGCAGCAACACAGGUUCUUGUUUGAGACUACUACACAAACGCAGAAGCAUCCAAACAUGAAUCUCCAUGACCGGAGGCCAAGCGACGAUAUCUACCCACAUGGUCAAGCGUAUUCCGGGCCCGAGAAAGUGACGCUUAAGAAAAACGCUCUUUCUGAUCCACAGCUGCAUGAUGAGAGCCAAAUCAACAAUGGGUUAGAAGCAUUUACCAGACAACCAUGGAAGAUACUGAGAAAUAAAUUGCAUGUUGUGGCUAUGUCAAAGUGGGACGAUAGGGACGAUAUCUAUUUCAAGAAGAAUCCAGAAGGCAGCAGGAGUAAGGAGCUCGAGCUCAACGCAGAAGUUGCUAAUAGUCCUGGUUCUUUUGAUCAGGCAUCGAAGAAACACGGUGGUAGCAACAAUACUAGUUAUUUCAGUCCGAAUUAUCAACCAGCUGCUCAGAUUACAUCAAGUGAUUCACAAGAUUCAGGAAGCUCAGUAUUCUCUCUAUCAGUCAACACCAUCGAGAAUCAUCAUGAUGGUUCGAGGAACAGAUCAAAUGGUUUCCAGCAAGACGUAUCACUAGAUAUUCUCAUCAGAGGCGACACUUCACUUACAGAUCAACUGUGUAAUACAACCAAGUCAAGUGAUCAAGAAGAUUACUCUUCAUCCAACAACAAUCUCCCAGUGGAAUUUCUGAUACAGGAGCCUAUGAUUCCGAGAUGUGAUUUGGAGACAAAUAAUGAUGAUUCAGAAAUUCAGAAUUCUCUUCCUAAAGAAGAGAGUUUUCACUAUUGCGGAAUGCCACUUAGGAAAGUGGGAAGUAGAGAUGCUGCUUUCAUGCACACACAGGAUUCGGAUGAUUUCUUCAGACACAAUCUGCUUGCUCCACAGUUGAUGGUUGAGGAUGUUACGAACGAUGAAAACUCAGAUGAUCUCUUGUCAGCUACUAUUGUCCCUCAUGUACAUAAUGAGUCAGAUGAUGAUCACAGAUCUUACACAAGGGAGGAAGAGAUUACAAAUGCUGGUCAUGAAUCAGCAACGGAGGAAAAGAACAAGAAAAGCAGAAACACUGAUGAAUCAUUCAGCGAAGCAUCCAUGGUUGAGAUAGAAGCUGGAAUCUAUGGCUUACAGAUAAUAAAAAACACUGAUCUUGAAGACUUACACGAGCUAGGAUCGGGUACGUUUGGAACUGUUUACUAUGGGAAGUGGAGAGGAACAGAUGUUGCUAUCAAGAGGAUAAAGAAUAGCUGUUUCUCUGGUGGAUCAUCUGAGCAAGCACGACAGACGAAAGAUUUCUGGAGAGAAGCUCGGAUAUUGGCGAAUCUACACCAUCCAAAUGUGGUGGCCUUUUAUGGAGUUGUACCAGAUGGACCUGGUGGAACAAUGGCAACAGUUACAGAGUAUAUGGUGAACGGAUCUUUGAGACAUGUCCUGCAGAGAAAAGACAGAUCGCUUGAUAGGCGCAAAAGGAUGAUGAUAACUCUAGAUGCUGCAUUUGGGAUGGAGUAUUUACAUAUGAAGAAUAUUGUUGGUGAUUUUGGAUUGUCGAGGAUAAAACGAAACACGCUUGUGUCUGGUGGAGUAAGAGGAACACUUCCAUGGAUGGCACCAGAGCUGCUAAAUGGGAGCAGCAAUCGCGUCUCAGAGAAAGUUGAUGUUUUCUCAUUUGGUAUCACGAUGUGGGAGAUUUUGACAGGCGAAGAACCCUAUGCGAAUCUGCAUUGCGGUGCCAUCAUCGGUGGAAUUGUGAACAAUACGUUGAGACCUCCGGUACCAGAAAGGUGUGAAGCAGAGUGGAGGAAGUUGAUGGAGCAAUGUUGGUCGUUCGAUCCCGGAGUACGACCAUCGUUCACGGAGAUUGUUGAUCGGCUCCGGUCCAUGACUGUUGCCUUGCAACCCAAACGACGAACCUGA